AUGGCAGCGGGAACUCGGCAGUGUCAUGAGAUGCUCGUUCGUGAUGUCCCCGGCGGUGCGGGUGCCGCAGUCCGCCGUGAUGAUAAGGCCGAUACGCUUUUUGAGCAGGAGGCCAAUGCGCGCCAGAUAUUAGUGAGCGGGUUAGCCAAAAACAGUGGUGGAAAGGUGGGAGGUUGA